CAUUUUUGACUGUAAACAUCCUGUCGAUUUUAAAAGGGCAGCGCUGAGCGGGAGGAAGGCGACUGGCGCCAUCUUUACUGUUUUAAUGAGUACAACAGGGUGGAAUUCGCUGGGAGAAAUAACAUAAUUUGCGGAAUUUCACUCACAGGUGGUGCACCGUUGGUGAACCCACACCAUUGUGAGUGUGUGAGACAGUGGUUCCGGGGCAAUGUUCUACGCCCACUUUGUCCUCAGCAAACGUGGGCCGCUGGCCAAGAUCUGGCUGGCGGCCCACUGGGACAAGAAGCUGACCAAGGCUCAUGUGUUCGAAUGCAACUUGGAGAGCAGUGUGGAGAGCAUCAUCUCGCCCAAGGUGAAGAUGGCGCUGCGUACAUCAGGUCACCUGCUUCUGGGGGUGGUCAGAAUCUACCACAGGAAGGCCAAGUACCUGCUGGCUGACUGUAACGAAGCCUUUAUCAAAAUCAAAAUGGCUUUCAGACCAGGUGUGGUAGAUUUGCCCGAGGAAAACAGAGAGGCGGCCUACAAUGCCAUUACCUUACCCGAGGAGUUCCAUGAUUUUGACCAGCCGCUUCCUGACCUGGAUGACAUUGAUGUGGCCCAGCAAUUUACCCUGAACCAGAGCAGAGUUGAGGAGAUCACCAUGAGAGAGGAUGUUGGCAAUCUCAGCCUCUUGCAAGACAAUGACUUUGCUGACUUCGGCAUGGACGACCGGGAGAUGAUGCGUGAUGCCAGCACGUUUGAGGAGGACAUCAUGCAUGGCGCCACAGCCUCUAACCUUUUGUUGGAGGCUGAGCCCGGUCCGGCUAAUCUGCCUGAUAAAUCCAACCACAUGGAGUAUGAUGACUUCGGGGACGCCUCCAUGGGCAACAGUGAUGGAGGGAUGCUUGUGGAUAAGCUACUGAGCUCUGAAGAUGGAGGCGGUAUCUUUGACGACCCUCCAGCCAUCACCGAGAGCGUCAUGAUGCCUCCUGAUCAUGGUGAUGAUGAGGAUGACUUUGACAAUCUCCAGUCACCGGGCCCAGACAGCCCAGACUCUGGUCCAGCAGAGCCAUUGCCAGCCAUGGCCGACCAGACAGAGCAAACCACGCUGGUCCACAACGAGGAGGAAGCCUUUGCACUGGAGCCAAUCGACAUCACUGUGAAAGAGACCAAGGCCAAGCGAAAGAGGAAGCUGAUUGUCGACAGCGUGAAGGAGUUGGACAGCAAAACCAUCAGGGCCCAAUUGUCCGACUACUCUGACAUUGUCACCACCCUGGACCUGGCCCCUCCCACUAAGAAGUUGAUGAUGUGGAAGGAGACCGGAGGAGUAGAAAAGCUCUUCUCCCUCCCCGCUCAACCUCUCUGGAACGCCAGGCUGCUCAAGAUGUUCACACGCUGCCUGACACCUCUGGUGCCAGAUGAGCUGAGGAAGAGGAGGAAGGGUGGCGAGGCAGACAGUCUGGACGAGUUCCUCAAAGAGCUGGAGAAUCCCGAGGUGCCCAGAGAGGAGGUCAUGGGUCAGCACAGAGAUGUCAUUGAUCAGACCAUCAUGGAAGAGCCCAGCAUGCUGGCCACGUCCGCAGUGGAAGGCAGCAGGACCACGCUGGAUGAGACGGUCAUGCCCCCUCCCUCCACUCCCCGGGGUGUCAAACGCAAGACUCUUGACAAGGAGAGCACCCUGCCUAUGGCCGCCUUGGAUCAGCAACAACCGCAACAGGCGGCUGACCGCUCGGCCUUGUCUCAGAGGCUAGACAUGCCCCAGGUGGACCUGCCCCCAGAGGAGACCACUGUCAACCUCACCCAGCUCGUUCCCGAACUUGACCUGAUUGGAGAGAAGAGCAAGGACAAGAAAGAUGAAAGCGACGAAGAGGAGGAAGAAGAAGGUCAGGCUGGAGACCAGGACCAAGAAGAGAAGCGAUGGAACAAGAGAACCCAGCAGAUGCUACACGGUCUCCAGCGCGUCAUGGCCAAGACCGGAGCAGACUCGGUCAGCCUGCUCGACCUGUGCCGGAACAACAACAGGAAGCAGGCGGCGGCCAAGUUCUACAGUUUCCUGGUCCUCAAGAAGCAGCAAGCUAUCGAGGUCACCCAGAGAGAGCCUUACAGCGACAUCAUCGCCACAGCCGGACCACGAUUCAACCUUAUUUAGACUUUGGAAGAGAAACACUGCUUUUUUUAAUGCUCAGCUUUUUAUUUUGUCUUUUCUGUCACACUUUCUUUUUACCAGAGAAAACGAUGGGCUUAGUAGGGGGAAGGGUUUUGAAACUUUUUAAAACGAUUGGACUGUAUUUCAGGUGGAAACAUGCAGUAUUCAUUGGGUUUAAACUGAAAGCAGAGAAUGUUUAACAGUUAUAUUUAUAUAGAAGCAUUUCUCACUCAUCAAGUUCAGCACCGACUCAUUCACUUUUAAGUCAAAUUCCCAUUGUCUUUACUCCCCAAGUCUUACCACAGUACUCGUCUCAGCCUAGAAAUAUUGCAUCUUUUAGACGUGAAACAAUACAUUUUUGCCAAGUGGAAUCCAGCAUCUACAUGUACAUGUUAUGGAAGCUACUGUUUUAUUACUCUGAAGUGUAACCUCUCCAAUUUAUCCUUGUUGCACUCGUUUUUUUUCCAUAACAAACAAAAGGUAAUUGUCAAAAAUGUUGUCAUAUACCCUGUCGCCAGAUAUCAUGAUUCAGUUGUAUAAUUCAGGCAGUUUUAUUUCAUGUUGUUUUUUUGUAUUUUGCAUUUACGCUUGUUCACCUUUUUGCAUCAUGUAACUAGGUAAUCUACUUGUUACAGAUACGUACAGUGUCCCACCUUUUUAGUCUUUGGGUAAUCUCUAGUGAUACAUCUGUAAAGGUUGGAAAUAAAGUGUUUUAAGUACAUGGUUA